CGCACUACACCAUCGGGCCGCCGCCAUUUUAACUUCCUGCAUCAAACGAAGACGAGCAAAUCGUACAGCAUCCGUACUCGAAAACGUCUCGUUAUUUAGUGUAUCAAAGGGGGUUUGUCUUGGGUCAUUGUUUUCUAUUUCAGGGAUCGAACCGACUAACGUUACACCAGUAGAGCCUCAGACCGCUCCGUAUCGUUCGGUAGUCAGCCGGAGGGUCGCUAUGCCGAGCCACCCGCUGCGUGUAGCGGUUGUGUGCUCGAGCAACCAGAACCGCAGUAUGGAAGCGCACAGUAUCCUCAGCAAACGUGGAUUUGAUGUGCGUUCAUUUGGGACAGGCUCUCAUGUGAAGCUACCCGGUCCCGCCCCGGAUAAACCCAAUGUGUAUGACUUCAAAACGACAUAUGUACAGAUGUACAACGACUUGGUCCGCAAGGACAAGGAACUAUACACACAGAAUGGCAUCCUGCACAUGCUGGACCGUAACAAGCGCAUCAAGUCAAAGCCGGAGCGCUUUCAGAGCUGCAAGGACAAGUUUGACCUGGUCAUCACCUGUGAAGAGAGAGUCUAUGACCAAGUGCUGGAGGAUCUGAACUCAAGAGAGCAGGAGACUCUACAGUCCGUGCACGUCAUUAAUGUAGACAUUCAGGAUAACCACGAGGAAGCCACGCUGGGCGCCUUCCUCAUCUGUGAGCUGUGUCAGUGUAUCCAGCACACUGAGGACAUGGAGGAUGAAAUGGAUGAGCUCAUUCAGGAGUUUGAAGAGAAGAGCAACAGGCCGUUUCUUCACACUGUCUGUUUCUACUGAUACAAGAUAGAGAUUUGCAAUAAACACAGACUGGGGAUCACAAGCAAUCAAACAUUAGUUUACGGGACACACACACACACACACUUCUUACUCCUUGACCAUCUACAGGAAAGUACAUACAUGUUGUGUGCCUACACAGCCACACUUGCACACACAGCUUUGGGUUAGGACCUAACAAAUGGCUGCUGUUGGACAUACUGGUGACGCGUGUGUCAUGCAGAGGACAGACUCGCUGCUCUCUCUGCCUUUAUUUCUCCGGAUCAAGGUCUGCCCAAGGUCCUCCCUCCAUCCCAGUUCAGUGAAAUCACUCAACCAUGUCUCCUCUGGGAGAGCCAUAACACCCCCAUCCCCGAGCCAACAACUGCUUUACCAGUCCCUCUUUGUUUUGUUAAGUUCAGCCUAUUAAUGCUGAUUUUAUUUUUCUCCAGAUAUUAUAAUUGUAAUUCAUUUAAGCAUACAAGUCAGAUUUUUAUUCCUGACUUGGGACAGUGAAAGUGUGUUUCUUGGGGUCAGCAGGGAAAUUAAUUUAACUGAAAGUGUUCUUGUGCAACCAUGUGUUGUAGAUUAGUUUUUUAAGUUAAAGUGGGUGGGCUGAUAAUGAAUGAUCUAACCUAGACCUAUCUGAGGCUCUCCCCUGGUGUUUUCAAUAUCUGCUCAUUCAUAUUUAAACUUUGAUAUGCAGUUUUCAAAGCAUAGUACUUUUUUCCUUUUGUAAAUGUUUAAAAAUUCAAGCAUUGUAAUUAUUUGCAAAUUGCGAGCUCAGCUCAGAGUGCCUGAUUUUUCUGUAUGUACAUAUGACUAAAGAAACAUCUCUAAAAAAAA